GAACCACUAUCAACACAUAAGGAGUUCGGAAGUUCCCUCUGCAUUAACAUCAGCCACCAGUGUAUCAGCACGCUAUGUACAGACCAGUCAUAGCAUCCCGCAAAUCUUUCCCACCAUGGCUAAUCAUCCUCGGUGUGCUUGGAGCGCUGGCAGCCCUUGGGCUAAUUAUUGGACUCUUAGUUCACUUUCUGGCAGUAGAAAACAAGAUCUACUACUAUCAAGGUGGUUUUAAAGUGCUGAAUAUUCCAUAUGACAGAAAUUAUGAAAGGGAGACAUCACUAGAAAGUAAUUACCUCAGUAAAAUCCUCGAGAUUAAAAUGGUUGAUGCCUUUCAGAGUUCUAACAUUUACAAACAAUAUAUCAACUCUCAGAUCAUCACAUUGGUUCCUGAUAACAACAGCGUGACAGCACAUAUAUGGCUGGUGUUUAAGGACUCCUGGUCAAACAAGGAAAACCUAAGAAGGAGAAUUGAAAGCAUCUUACGUCAGAUGCUGGAGAACUCAGAAUCCCUGACUACAGAUCCUGGGUCUCUAAAGCUCAUGGAAAUCAGUAAGGUUGAUGCUGAGAAGAUUAUCAACAACCGCUGUGGGAGACGACCAAGAAUGUCUGCAACCUAUGACAGAAUCACGGGAGGUUCCACUGCUCACAAAGGAGAGUGGCCAUGGCAAGCAAGUCUCAGAGUGAAUGGGAAACACUACUGUGGGGCAUCCCUGAUCGGCGAAAGAUUUCUGCUAACAGCAGCUCAUUGUUUUCAAGGGACAAAUAAUCCAAAAAACUUCACUGUCAGCUUUGGCACUAGAGUAACCCCAGCCUACAUGCAGCAUUCUGUUCAAGAGAUAAUUAUUCAUGAAGAUUACGUGAAGGGGGAACAUCAUGAUGACGUCGCAGUUAUAAAGCUCACUGAAAAAGUUUCAUUCAGUAAUGAUGUACAUCGGGUUUGUCUUCCGGAAUCCACCCAGAUUUUUCCACCGGGUGAAGGAGUCGUUGUUACAGGAUGGGGAUCAUUUUCUUACAACGGUAAAUCCCCACUGUUACUUCAGAAAGCGUCUAUUAAAAUUAUUGACACAAAUACUUGCAAUUCAGAAGAAGCUUAUGGAGGCAGGAUAGUGGACACAAUGCUCUGUGCUGGCUACUUGGAAGGCAGUAUCGAUGCUUGCCAGGGUGACUCCGGAGGACCACUAGUUCAUCCCAAUUCUCGAGAUAUUUGGUACCUUGUUGGGAUAGUGAGCUGGGGACAUGAAUGUGGCAGAGUCAACAAGCCAGGGGUCUAUAUGAGAGUAACUUCCUACCGUGACUGGAUUGCCUCCAAAACUGGUAUCUAGUAGAAAAUCAUCUUCUAAUAAUGAAUGCAGAUCAUACACUAUCACUGAACAUCCAAUUUUUUAUUCCUUCCCAUUGUAUAUGUGUCUCUGUGUGUUUUUGCACAUGUGUGGGUAAAUGUGUGUUUGUGCUCAUAUACGUAAAUGUGCUUGUAAGUAGAUGCAUAAGCUGUUAUUAAGAAUCAUCCUCAAUAAUUUUAAUGAGACAGGGUCUUGAACAAACCAAGAGCUCUCAGAUAUAUACUGUCUUACAAGUCAUGUUGCUGUUAGAACCUCCUAUUUGUGUCUUCUAAGGAUGGAAGGACAGACAGGCUUCUAUGCCCACCAGGUAUUUAUGAGCAUCCUGGGGAUCCCAUUUCUAGUCCUUAGACUUUCAUGCUUAAUCACGGAGCAAGGCCUAAGCUAGUUUUAAACAUUACUAUUUUGGGUGUAUAGGUGUUUUUUCCUGUACCAUAUAUAUGCCUAGAGGUCAGAAGAGGGAGUUGUAUCCUCUGGGAGUGGGGUUACAGACCAUAUGAGCCACCGUAUAGGUGCUAGGAAUUAAACCUAGGUCUAUCGAAAGAACAGCCAGAUUUCUUAACCAUGGAGUCAUUCCCACUCAAUACUUUACAUGCCAUAUAUAUAUAUAUAUAUAUAUAUAUAUAUAUAUAUAUGUUAUUUUGAGAGAAUUAGAGCCCUAAGAGAAUAUUGUAAGCUUUUAAUCAAACUAAACAAGACAAAAUUAGAGACCUUGAGUUUCUUGGUUCAGGAAGCCUUUAGCCAAGAAAGUACUCCCACCAAAAUACUGGUAAAAUAGUAUUUGUGCCCUGGUUUAUCAGUCUACAUUAUUACUAUUUCAGUACAAAAGGUUCUUAGGUUUUGUCGUAUAGACUUCGUAGCUGUGGAAGCAUGGUGUCGACUGCGGUGAUUUAGCAGACUGUGUGAGGGGAGAGUA